GUUGGGUGCAGUUUCCGCUGGCGUUUUGCUUUGCAUCAUUUGCAAGGUGCUUCGCCCUGAGCGACACGCGGGCAUCCUGGAAGGGGAAAGUGAUGUAGAAGAAACCAAUGGACGCGCAGACAUUGAGGACGAGGAGGAUUCGCCGUGGGCACUGGCAGACCCUCCAAGUGCUGGGCCCGAAGAGGUUGUGCGCCACAUGCUGGGCCGGUUUCCGAUCCAUAUGAGAUGUACAGAUCAAAUCUAA